CGCGGGCCGGGCGCGCUGGGGGCCCGAGGGCGCCUCUCGGCUUCCCACUGCGCUUCCCCGCAGCUCCGCCGCGCCUGGUGGCGCGCCCGGGACCCCGGCAGACACCCCGAAGCCUGAAGUCUCUGCCUGCGCUCCUCCAGCUGUGGGCUUCCGCGUCCGCCUGGCCUCGGCGGCCGCCCUCCGGCUGCGGGUGGACUUCGGGGACCGUCUGGGGGCGGAAAUACGGCUGCGCAACGUGACCCGGGCCGCGGCGGUGACCGCCUUCCACCAGUACGGGCGAGAGGGCAUCUACGCGCUCCGGGCAGCUGUUUGUGGGCACCAGGGACCGGAAGUGGAGCUUGGGCCUUACUACGUGGCCGCAGGCCACAGGGCCGUGUCUGUGCUCAUGAAUUCCAGCAGCGUCCACCAGGACGAAGUCCUUGUGUUCUCAGACUCCCACCCAGGGCAGAAAAGCCCUGUGGUCAUGCACUGCCUCCCCCGGGUCGCUUCCUACAAUGUGUCGUUCCUGUCGCGGGCCCAGGCGGGCUGCAGCCAGGCCCGGCCCAGCGUGACCGUUCGGUACCAGAUGCAGCCCGUCUCUGUCUACACAAACGGAACUGUGUUUGCCACGGACACGGACAUCAUCUUUGUGGCUGUUACCAAGGAAACCACAGCCCUGGAGUUCACGUGGCACUUUGGAGAUGGCCCCCCAGUGAGGACAACCUCCAGAAGCAUCCGGAGGCGGCUCGCAGUGCCCCAGUGGUACCGGGUGACAGUCACCGCUGCCAGCGGGAUGGCUCGUGUGGUCUCGCCGCCCCACGUCCUCAAGGUGCAGCGGCGGGUCGAGGCCAGUCGGCUGGUGUCGGCCCCCACGGCGCUGGUGAGCAGCAGCGUGGCCUUCGAGUGCAGAGUCAGCUUCGGCACGGAUGUGGCCUUCCGGUGGGACUUCGGGGACGGCACCGUCAGCCCCGGGAGCGGCUCUGCCAGCCACAUCUACAGCAGGGAGGGCGAGUUCACAGUGCGGGUCCUGGCCUUCAACGACGUCAGCUCUGCCGCCCUGAGGACGCAGCUUUUUGUCGUGCGCCAGCCCUGCCAGCCGCCCCCCGUGAAGAACAUGGGGCCCGAGAAGGUCCAGGUGCGGCGCUCUCAGCCCCUGCGGCUGGGGGUGACAUUCGAAGCCGCCGUCCUCUGCAACAUCUCUCGGGGCCUUUCCUACACCUGGAGGCUCACGGAUGCUGAGGGGUCCCCUGUUGCCCUGCCCGCUGCCGUCGACGUCCACAGACAGACCCUCGUGCUGCCGGGCUACACGCUGGACAGCGGGAACUACACAGCCACUGCCAAGGUGCAGAUCCGGGGCAGCGUGGUGCACAGCAACUACUCGCUGGGCGUGGAGGUGCGGGCCCGGGCGCCCGUCGCCGUCAUCUCCGAGGGCACCCACCUCUUUGUCCCCAGGGCCGCCGGGGCGCCUGUCACCCUCAGGGGGACCCAGUCCUACGACCCCGACCACCCAGGCGCCGCUCUCAGCUACCACUGGACCUGCGCCGCGGCCCGUGCGCCUGGGCGGCCCUGCUUCGACGGCGCUGCCCCACGCCAGCCGGACCCCAGGAGCCCCACCUGGUCCUUCGCAGCAGAGCGGCUCAGCAGAUGCUGCGACCAGUUCCUCGUGACGCUGACGGUGGCCAGCGGGGGCCGGAGCUCUUCCGAGGCCCGGGUGUUCCUGUCCACCCGCGACGACCCAGCCUUCAGACUCCUGCGCAUCGCCUGGCUCGGCUUCGAGGACAUCUCCGUCAGCUGGAACCAGGCGCUUUCCCUCCGCGCGGUGUGCGAGGCCUGCGGAGAGGCGCAGGGGCUCUCCUACUCCUGGGAGCUCUUCCGGGCCAACGCCACAGAAGACAGCGGGAGCCAAGUUCCCUUUUGCAGUACCUCGCAGCUGCUGGGCACCAUGGCGCUCACGGCCACUGGGAAGACACCAGAGUCAGACCUGCCAGCCGCCAGGCCCGGCGAGGCCCAGGAUGUUGGGACACCCACGCCGUCCCCACAGGAGGCCCCACCCGCAGCCCUGCACUGGCCGGUCUUCGGUGUCCCAGGGAGCACAUCUAUGCAGCCCACAGUGGGUGGGCACGGGACUCCCACUGCUGGUGACUCUGCAGCCCUUGGGAAGCCUUUGGAGGGCUCCCCACGGGGCCCAGAACCGGCCACGAAGAGCCCCUCUGUGCAGAGCCAGCCCCCACCCAGCUCCUCCCCUGCCCUGGAUGACUUCGAAGCCUACUACAGUGACAUCCAAGAAGCAGAGCCGGCCAGAGGACGGCAGCCAGGCAACAGCGCCCGCCUCCCGGGAUCGGGACCCAGUGCAGAGGCAGACGCUGCCCAGGGCGGCCCCGGGGAGGGGGACAGCCUGCUGGGCCCCUUUGUCUCCGCGGACGGAGCCCCACCUGUCCUCACCAUCGACUGGCCCAAAGCCCCAGUCCGCCGCGAGGUCUUCCAGGGUUACACGGCAGCAGGUAUCACCAAGCCAACUGUGACAGUGCAGCCGUACUCCCUGCGCAGCGGAGAGACGUACGUCCUGCAGGCGUCCGUGGCUGCAGAGUCCGGCUUGCAGGGCCGCGCCCAGCUCUACGUGUCUGUCCGCCCUGCGCCCCAGGACACCACCUGCCAGCUGCAGCCCCACCGUGGGCGGGAGGCCCUCACGGUCUUCAGCAUCUUCUGCAUGUCAGGGACACCGGAUUUUCAUUAUGAAUUCAGUUACCGGAUAGGAAACACGUCCAGACACACCCUGUACCGGGGGAGAGACACCCAGUACUAUUUUGCCCUGCCUGCUGGAGACCCCUUGGACAAUUACAAAGUCGUGGUUUCCACUGAGAUCGCAGAUGGCCAAGGCUCCAGGGUACAGCCGUGCUCCGUGGAAGUGACUGUGCUGCCGCGUUACCAUGGGAACAGCUGCCCCAGCGAGGACCUGUACAGUUCCAGCCUGAGGAACCUGUCUACCCUCCAGCUGAUGGGGAGCGACAUGGAGAUCAGGAACUACGUCGCCAUGCUCACCUGGAUCCUGAGUCGCUUGGCUAAGGACAACACAACCACUGCCUGUGACCGGUGGUCACUGAUACAGGACAAACUGAUUUCUGCAGUGUGCACAUUAGCUAUUGCAGAUCAGGAUGAAAGGAUUGAUUCUGCUCUUACACUGAGGAACCUCGUAAGCCUCCCGAUCAAGCUCCGGUUUCCGACUGCGGCGCGCAUCCUCAGAUUCGCCCGGGCGCUCCUUCGAGACCAAGCCCAGCUCCCGGGGAGGUUUGUGGGUGACGGAGGCCUCGGGCUUGAGCUCAUCCUGCUAGUCUGCAGAGUCUGGGAGGCCGCUGAGCCCGGGAAGUUGGGGCACGAGGACUUCGUGCAAGAGGAAGGCAUGAAGGUCAUCUCUGAGGCACUGCUCGGCGCCCUGUCUCUCAGCCCAGAGCAGCAGCUGUCCGUGAGCACCGGGCAGAUGGAGUUCCGCAUCCUUCUUCAGCAUGGUCCUCGCAGCUCCGUGCAAAGCCUGGGCCCCGUCCUCGUGCACCUGCCUGGGGACCUGGCCAGGCUCGUUCCUGCCGGAGAGGAGACGCAGAGCCUGUGCUACAUCAGCCAGCUCACACUCUUCAGGAAGAGCCCUUACCCCUGGGGCCAGGCCGCCGGCCAGGUGGAGGACGUCGUGGACCUGGCCCUCUUCAGCUGCCCCCGCAGAAGCCCCGUGGGCAGGCGACGGCUGGAGACGCCCAUGACCGUGGAGUUCGGGGGCGAGCACAGCAGGCGACAGGGUAAUCAGACAGGUGAAGGCCCGUUCUCGCUGCUUCGGGGUCGGGUGAAUGUGCACCGAUUCUCCGGGCUGUCUCCGCACCCCCGAGAGUCGCUCCAGAUACACAUCGAGUUUGCUGAGCCAGAGACCAGAGCGUUCCCCGUGCUGCUGCUCCUCAGCUUCUCCAGGAGGCCCAGCCCCGCAGACUUCCUGGUGCGGCAGACCCACUUCUGGGACACACGGAGCAUGCAAGUUUACACCCCAGCCGCCGCAGGGCCAGGUGCCAGCGUGGGCUAUUUAUCCUUGUUAGAUGCCAACUACGACAGAAGCCCCCCAGGCGAGCGCUUCGCAGAGGCGGUGAACUACACCGUCCGUUUCCAGCGGAUCCGGUGCCUGUUUUGGGAUCGGGGAGAGUGGAAGUUGGGCAGUUUCCCUCCUCGAGCGGGAACUUCUCCAGACAGAGUGAACUGCAGCUAUGACCGCCUCGCACCCUUCGCCAUCCUUAGGAGGACGCUGAAUGCUAGCUUCGAAGCCAGCGACGUUUCCCAGCUACACGGCCACCCCCGAAACCUGCUCCCCAGCCUGUGCGUGGUGGUCUUUGCGAUUCUCGGAGCACUUGCGGUUAUGCACAGCAGACUCGUAGAGCGUCACGCGGAGAAGAGGGCCGGCUGCAUCUUCCCGCAGGGAGCCACGCCGCCUGGGCACCAGCCGUACGCGGUCGUCGUGGACACCAGCUUCUGGUCGCCGGCGAGGUUCACCUCCAGGGUUUUCAUUGUUUUAUGUGGCGAAAAUGGACUUUCAGAAACCAAAGAACUCUGCUGUCCAGAGAGAACUCUGUUUGAAAGGAAUUCCAGACACACCUUUAUCCUGAGCACCCCUGCCUGGCUGGGCCCGCUCCAGCACGUCCGCCUGUGGCAUGACAGCAGCGGACCGGCCCCGAGCUGGCGGCUCAGCCGCGUGGCGGUGAAGGACCUGCGCUCGGGCCAGGCCUGGCUCUUCCCCGCGCGGUGCUGGCUGGCAGCAGGCCGGGGCGACGGCCGCGUGGAGCGGGAACUGCCCUGCCUGCACCACGGCCUCGGCUUCCGGAAGCUCUUCUACGCCAAGUUCGCGGAGUCCCUGGAGAGCGGCCACACCUGGCUGUCGCUGUGCACCCCGCCCGGCUCCCACGGCCCCCCGCGCACACAGCGCCUGGCCCUGUGCCUCUGCCUGCUGUGCGUCCAUGCGUGCCUCACCGCCCUGGCCACCGCCAGAGGACGCGGCCAGCUCCCGCUGGACGUGGGCCCCACGGACCUCACCCUUGGAGCCCUCGGCCUGGGGCUCCUGUGCGCCCUGGCGGCCUCCCUGGCGGCUCAGCUCCUGUCGCUGCUCCUCAGACACAGCAAGGAAGCUGAGAGGCGCCCGGCGGAGCCACUGGGUCCUGGGAGAAAGACACGGAUGGAGGCACCUGGGGGCCCUAAUUCCCGUGGAAGGAUGCCAGCCGUACAGGUGCCCUCCAAGCAGCCCGCAGCAGCCACCGUCUCUGGAAGAGGCACAGCCUGCCCAGCCCUGGGGCUGGAGACCAGCAGUGUGGGGAGCGGGAGCCGCCACUGCCCUCUGGGUUCUCAAGGUCCCAGCGCCGGCUGUGAAGGGCUCGCAGUCCCAGGGUCCAGGGCUGGUCCACCACGGCCGAGCACAGCAGCCUGGACUGCUUGCGGCUUGGUGUCCCUGGCCUGCGGGCUGGGGACGGGCUUCUUGGGCUACGGGUUCCUCCCGGCCCAGUGUGCACGGUGGCUGCUGCUGCUGUCCCUGUCUGUGGUCUUCUGCGCGUUCGUCACCCAGCCGCUCCUGAUCUGCUGCUCUGCGCUGGGUUUCGCUUGGAGGAGCAGAGGCGACAGCCAGUGUUUUGCGGAGUCCUUACACGAAGCCACCGGGAGCCUUCCCGGCUCGGGGCGGGAAGAGUGUGCGGGGCCGCACAUCCCAGCUCCUCCCGGCAGCCGCGAGGCCGGGCUUGCUGAGGUCCUGGCCGCCCGGCAACGAGAGCGCCACCUGCGCCGGGCGCAGCCACCGUCCAGAGCCCAGCUCAGGGCCACCAGGGAGAGGAUGAGGAGAGAACGCCAUGCACAGGCAGCCCUGAGGGACAUUGCCCUACACGUCCUGGCGCUGCUCCUGCUCCUGUGGAUGACACAUGGCACCUUCUCCGCGGACGCACAUUCUCUCAGCCGGGCUAUCCGGAAGGAAUUUGUGAGCAACGCCAGGUACUUGCCGGGUGGCCUGGGCCGUGCCGGGGACCGGAGCACGCGGACGCUGAGCUCCCUGCUGGAAGGGCUAUGUGCAGGGGGCCCCUGUGAGGCUGGAGCGCUGGGGGCUCAGCCCGGAGCUCUGGAAGGGAAGUGCUACCUACUAGGCGCUGCAGUGAUCAAGCGGCCGAAAGCCUCCACCAGCAGUUUGCCAAAGCUGCCCUGGCUCUUUCCAGCGCUCCUGGAAGACGCCCUUCCUCUAUGGAGCUCUGAGGACCAGAACGUGACCCGAGGCGGCCCCGGGGGCUGCGGGGUGAGGAGGGACGCCCGCGGGCCCAGCCCGGGCCAAACCAGGUGUGAGGCCAGCGCAGUGCUGACCGCUCUGACCGCCAGCGGCUGGAUGGACGGCAGCGCCGGGGCCGUGUCUGUGCACCUCGCCCUCUACAACCCAGCCACCCAGCUCUUCGCCAGCGUGACCCUGAGUGUGGACGCCCCACCCAACGGGCAGCCACUGCCCUCAGCCUGGGUGGAGUCCUUCAGGGUCUUCGGCGGUGGCUCCGCCUCCUGGUACCACCGUGCGCUCCCUGAGCUGGCCUUCCUGGUCCUCAGCUUGGUUCACCUUAGUCUGCAGCUCUCCGAGAUGGCUGAGGGGGGCACCCCCCGCUACUGGCGAAAACCACGAAACUGGCUAGAGCUGCCUGCGGUUGGUGUGGCCUUCGCCUACUAUGUGGCCAACGGCCUCCUCGCUGGCCUUGCUGGGGACGUCGCUGAUCAGGUCCGCCAAGGACCGUGCCGGCCGUCUCUGGACCUCCGCCCCAUGGCGCUGCAGAGCCAGAGGGUGCGGUGGCUCCGGGGACUGCUCUUCUUCCUCUGGACGUUGAAAUGCGUCUCCCUUCCUGGCCUUCUCGGUGUGGCGAUGCCCUGCUGCUCCCGGGUGUGGGUGCGAGACUCCGCCCCCAGCAUCUCCGCUCCAGUGCUGGUGGGGGCCCUGCUGCUGGCCGCCUACGUCCACCUGCGCCACCUUCUGUGUGCAGCCUGGGUGCUGCCACCUCACACCUCUGCACACCCGGAUCCCCGGCUGCUGCCGCUGGGGUUUCCCAGGAGAAGCCAAGGGUACUUGUUCCCGGCCCUGUCCACCUCCCGCUGUGGAGCCAAGGCUGAGCACCUCGGGGCCCUCGCCACGGUGGUGGCCAUGCUGUGCCUGGGAGUGCUGAGAGUUUCCCUCCUGACUUGUUUCCAAAAAAGAGAACCUUGUCAUGGCAAAUCGCCGGUGAAACUUGAAGUGGUCGCCACAUUCGCGUGGCGGAAGAUGCUCGCCUUCCUGGGGCUGGAAGAGCCCGAGCUGGAGGAGGCGGAGGCGCCCAUGGACCACAGUCACCACCUGGAUGAAUUCUCCAGUCUGUUAGAUGAACUUCUGCUGAAGAUAAACGCCUUGUCUGACGGCCUGGAGCUCCCUGCUGUGGAAGGACCCAGGGCCACGGCGUCCAGGGCAGGUGGCAGUCCCGAAGCGUGCAUUUCUGGUUACAAAGCUCCCAGGCAAGAGAAGGACUCCAAUCAGAAAUGUGUGUCACAACAAGACCUGUUUCCAGACACCAGGAAAACUGCUUUAUUCCUUCCUUGAUGAUCUUGCUCGGGGACAUGUCCCGCAGGACGAAGGCCCCCAAGCUCUGGGAGAAGCUGGCCACCCUGAAUUGCCCACGGGUCCGCGAAUGAGACUCCAGCCUCCUCGCCGGGGGCCUCGUGACUUUCCAGACCAACACCCAGGUCAGCUGAGGGAAAACCCUGGCCACAGUAGAGCCUGUAAAGGUCUAGUCAUUCUUGGAAGCUCAAGAAUGCUGAGCUCCAGCCGUGUGUGGUGGUGCGCCUUGUAAUCCUAGCGCUCGGGGGAGCUGAGGCAGGAGGAUCACAAGACUGACCCCAGUGAGCCCAGCCUGGGCAACUUAGCAA